GGCGCUUAACUUUGGCUUGCAGUCUCACCUUCAUUCACAGAAGUGCUGGUCCCGCCUCCCUCAUAUUGUCCUCUUUUCGUAAUUUGACCUUUGUCUCCUGUGGUAUAUGAAUCCCGAAGUCAAACACAUCCCUUUCCCUUGAUUGAUCGAGUUGCCAUGGAUGGCUCCUCCCCUCGCCCGCUUUCCAGAGGCAGAGAGGGUCCUUGCGUCGCUUUACACGACUCGGGCGACGACGCGGACUACCAAAGGCUAGACGUAUGCCGAAGGGAGCUUGCGCAGUGGAAGGCCAGAGCUCUUGAAGCGGAAGCACGACUUGCAGCUGUUGCUGCGGUAUUCGGCCAUACCUCGAAUGCAGGACUAGCCUCACCCACGACUGUUUGCUUGAAGGACGACCAGCCAAUGCCCAGGCUCUUGGAGAUCAAGGGACCUGCUGAACGACGUCACGAUGAACGCAAACAUGCGAAGCCGGGCCCGUUGAGUCGAACGAAGCGGUACGUUCGCCUCAUCCUUCGUCCCUGCCGCUCUAACUGCCGAUCUGUAGACCAGCAGCAAACCCACUUCCAACCUCCUCAUCUAGUACGACAACAGCACGUUCUGCGUCGACUGCGAGCGAGCCGCGUCCAGCACUGUCGAUCCCGCACAAGGAAUCUGCUCCCGCAAAUGCCAACACGACUACCACUCCGUCUACUCCUACUAUCCCCGCACCUACUACGGUGACCUCCUCCGCAGUUCUAGCAACCUCCGCACCCGCAGCCUCUGCCCUCGCCACCUCCCGCCGCUCUACCCGCCUCAACGG